AUGAGGUCCCUGGCAAGUUCUUCUACCGGGUCACGACUUGGGCUGAUGGUUAUGACGCUUCUCAUUCAUCAGUGUCAGUCUCAAAUCCCAGGCUUAGGUGGUAAUCCGCUGAAUCUACUUGGGGGACCUCUGCAGCAACUAUCACCACUGCUGCAACCAGUACAGCAGCAACUAACGCCAGUUGUGCAGCCAUUGCUAGGAUCUGCACCAUCGUUAGGACAAGUACUACAACCAUUACUGCAACAACUGACACCAGUGUUGCAAUCAUUACUGCAACAACUUACACCAGUUUUAGCGCCACUAGUACAACAGUUAACGCCUACACUUCGACAGUUACUACAACAAUUAACACCGGCUUUGACACAAUUACUGCAACAAUUAACUCCAGUACUGCAACCACUAGUGCAGCAAUUAGUGCCAAUACUGCAACCGUUACUUCAACAAUUAAUACCUGUAUUGCAACCAUUAAUACAACAAUUACUUCCAGUAUUACAACAGUUACUGCAACAAUUAUCGCCAGUACUACAGCCAUUACUACAACAGUUAACGCCAGUUCUACAGCCAUUACUACAGCAAUUAGCUCCAAUACUGCAGCCAUUAUUGCAACCGUUGUCACCGGUUCUCCAGCCGUUGCUUCAGGUGCCCCUCUUGCAGCCCUUACUGCAACCAUUGCUGGGUGCAUCAGCACCUUUGCAGCCAUUAUCGCAACCAUUGCUGGCCGCACCACCACCCUUUCAGCCUGCGGUGCCGAUUCAGCAGGCUCAAGGAUUCGGUUUUAACUGUCAACAGUUAGCCACAAUGUUUCUCUUUCAAAGUCUUACCGGAAGUAAUUAA